UUUGGCGGUCAAGUGUUUUUGUUUCUGUCGUUCUCGCCGUCGCCCGAGCCGCGAGAUUGCCGCCCAAGCGACCGAACCUACAAGGCGAUGAAUCCCCUUUCACACGCAGCACCGCCGUGCCCGCGCCAAUUAGCGUCGGGCUUCGUGCACGUGGGGGAUGCCUCUCCCGGUCAGGCGGACAAAUGGCUUUGCGGCAGGCCAUCGGCAGGAAGGAUCUGCUCAUUGCCAUCGCCGACGCCAUCGCUGCCCUUGCCAGGAGGUCAGAGAAGGCGAAAGUUCGUCGUGCUCGGUAAAUGUCGACAUCUUGCAGGCAGCGACUUCCCACAAGUGGAGAGUGCGUGCGAUGCGUGGGAAUGGGAGGUGGGGAGCAACUUUCACCAGCCGCUUAUCAGCAAUAUCGCCGCAAGAAGAACUUCAAGCCCGACUAAUCGUCAGGCGAAGCCCGCGCUUCGACUUCGCGGAAGUCAUCAUCGAUCGGUUACAAGAUGCGGAGGGAUGAGAGCAAUGCAAGUGCGGACACUGAGAGAAGAAGAAGAAGUUGGAAAUACCCCGCGCUCCUUCAAGAGUCCUUUUCGACAAGAGGGCAUAAACAGGGCCGUUUUCCCCCACCGCAAGCUGAUGUCAUUCUUCCUACAUGUUGAUAAUGCAUUGGCUCGCCAAAUUUCAGUUCAAUGCUCCAAGGCAACAGAGGUCGGUGGAGAAGGAAAUCCAAUUGAGCCGGUUGGCCGGCCUGAUGGCAAGCCCAUGCCAGAUGGUUAUACAGGGCAGGGAGACAGAACAGGGCUGGCCACAAGUGAUGAGAAAGGCUCAAGGGAAGUCAAAGACAGGGAACCUGAACAUUGGGCUGCAGGGGAGGGUAGGCAGAUGGAGAGGACGGGUGAAAAGGAAUUACAUGUCCACUCGGUACAUGGAGAUCCCAUGAAUGAGAGCAGGAAGGGAGCGGCAGCAUCGUAUCCCGUCCCAGCAGUAAAGGAGGCAAAUUGGGUGAAUAAGCUUACCAAAGUGCUUGGGAAGGCACUGCUAUUGGCGAUUUUGCUUGGUGCGAUUGCGGUGUCUGCAUUUCCAUCAUUCUUGUCAUGGCAGAGAGGACGGAAAGGUCUCCUUGCACUCCUUAACAAGUCGAUUGCGGGGACUGUUGAAGUUGGCUCGCUAUCGUUUGGCUGGACAAAGCCAUUGCGAUUGACCGAGUUGCGUGUAAAAAGCCCAAAUGGAGCGACUGUGGCUAUAGUAAAGAAUAUGGCAACGGAUGCCUCUCUCCUAUCCAUGAUUUCAUCUCCAACUUCUUUAGGUGGGCUGAAAGUGGAUGUCCCUCUUGUGGACAUUUCGAAUGAUGCUGCGACUGGAGUUCCACAACUAGCCCUUGCCCUUAUGCCUUCCCAAGGGGUUGUUAAGGAUAGUAAAGGGGCAACCAAGGCGAAACAGAAGGCGGCAUCACAGCGGCCUGCAGUUGUAGACUUUAAUAUGUGUCUUCAAGGAGAUGGAGAUGAUGGGAUAGCCACUGUGGAUGCAAAAGUUCUAAUGGAUGCAGAGGCUGGGGAAGUGAUUGGUAAAAAAGCACUUCUUCAAGGAUGGCUGGGAUCCAGUGCUGUCCAGGAGAGCAGCAAAUUGAAGAACCUACACAUAGGCGGGUUCCUUCUGGCAAGAUCAUUUCCAGUAAUCACUAAAUUUGAAGCCGAUGUCCUAAAAGCGGAAAUAGCAGGUGCUGCGAACUUGAGAAGUGGGAAAUUUGAACUAGCUCAACCGAUAACAUGUGAGAUACGGCCUUCAAAAGCUAUUGCAGAGACUGUCUUGGCGCGUAUCAAUCCCCUUUUGGGAUUUAUAGUGGAUAAGGAGCCUGGAUCCAAUGCUGAAAAAUACCCACCAAUAAAAAUUGCUGUGAGCUCAGCUGGCAUGGUCGUCCCGUCAACAGAGUAUCGAGUCCACAUUGAUCCGAUGCAUGUGGUGAUAGCGCAACGUAACUUUGUCAGGCGCAUUUUGAACGUUCUGUCUGAAGACCAAUUGGAGUCAGAUGGAAGCGAUUUGGUCAUGCGAACAUCAGCUAUCGAUGCCAACGUGUACAUGGAUGGGAGACUCGUAUGUUCGCGCACUGAUGUGCUUAUUGCAGAUACUAUCCACCUGGCAACUUGGGGUAAAGUGGAUUGGAUAAAUGAUAAGAUUGCCAUGAUCCUGGCUAUUCCACAAGAUACCCUUAGGCAUGUUCGCGGAUUAUCUAAAAUCCCACGAGAUUGUGCUUUGCAGAUCAACUUGGGCGGCAGCACGGAAGACCCAGAUGUGGAUUGGGGUAGCUUGGCUCGGCAGAUCACUGAGCUAAUUCUGCGUCAGGGAGCAGGAGUGUACGGGAUGCUUCUUUUUGACAAUAAGCAGUUGAAGAUGCCUCCACCAACAGGAGAGCUUCCAUGGAAGGCUAGAUGAUGAUGAUCGGUUUGUCUCGGUCAUAAGAUCGGACAGUUGGUUCAUGGGUCUGAUCAAAUUUGACUGUACGCUAUGCAUCCGGUGGGAAUUUGAAAAACAAAUUUCCUCACCUGCUCCUGAGUUCUCAACCAAAAAAAAAAAAAAAAAAAAGUUUUCAACCAAAAUUGUUUGUCACAGGGAAGCUGGGAAAGAAGGGGAGGGAAGGGGCGGAGAGGGGAGGUGUGUUGUCUUAGGAGUGAUUUUGACAAAGGGGAUGCGCUCUGAAAAAUGGCAGUCCAUGCAUGGGAAAUAAAUCAUUCAAAAUUUACCUUGAAUCUAGGAUACCGUCGGAGCACGGUCUGGGCAAGGUCUGGGCAAGGUCCUGGACAGCCCAGCACAAACAGAUUAAAAAGUUAAAAAUUAAAAAAAAUAAAAAUCCCGAACGAGUUACGUUGAUUCUUUCUUCCCAGACGACGGACGGCAGUGUUUUUUCCUUAAGGAAAUGCACCCUGCACAGUAAAUCCCCUGUAACCCAGGGCAAUCAAUGCUGGCAGGGUUC